AUGUUGUUCUCGGCCACCAUUCUCGCCCUCGCAGCAACGGCGAUAGCUGCCCCCAUCAAGAGCAUUGACAGGCAGCAUGUUGAGGACGAGUACGACUUUAUCAUUGCAGGAGGCGGCACCGCGGGUCUCGUUCUAGCCAACCGCCUCAGCGAGUCCGGCAAGAACCGCAUCCUCGUGCUCGAGGCCGGUCCGGAGCCAACCGUCGUGUCCGCAUACAAACCCCCUGGCGGCAACCAAUUCCUGGCCGGAAGCGCCAUCGACUGGUCCUUUUACACGUCGCCGCAGGAACACCUGGACGACCGCGUCCUCCGCUAUCACCGCGGGAGAUGUCUGGGCGGGAGCAGCGCCACAAACGGCUUCUAUUACGGCCGCGGCUCGGCCUCGGUCUUUGACGACUGGGUCCGCCUCGGCAACCCCGGCUGGGGCUGGCACGACCUGUACCCGCUCGCCGUCAAGGGCACGCACUUCAACCCACCAGACGACCACGAGCUCAAGGGCUUCGACCUCACAGCCAAGACCUGGGACCCCAGCGCCUACGGCAAUGGGCCCCUGGAGCUCGCGUUCCAGGGCUACGUGCCGCCGUCGACGACGGGGUUCAUCACGGCCGUCUCCGAGGCUCUGCGGCUCCCGAUCGUCAAGGACCACAACACGGGCAACAGCACCGGGGUGAAGCAGGGGACGGGCACGCUCGACGCCAACCUGCUGCGCAGCUCCAGCUACGACGGGUACCUGAAACAGGCCGUCAACCGGACCAACCUCGACGUGCUCUACCACGCGCCCGUGUGGCAGCUGCUGCUGGACGAGUCGGGCAAGAAGCCCAGGGCCACGGGGGUCGCCUUCAUGGACCACCCGACCGGGCUGGUGCACGAGGUCAGGGCCAGGAAGGAGGUGGUGGUCAGCAUGGGCGCCUUCAACUCGCCGCAGCUGCUCAUGGUCUCGGGCAUCGGUCCCCGGUCCCAGCUGGACAAGUACGCCAUCGCGCCGGUGGUGAUCAACGAGAACGUCGGGCAGCACCUCAACGACCACUCCGUCUUCAGCAUCAUGGCCCUGUCGACGCCCGAGUUCUCGACGACCGACAUGUCGGCGUCGUGGUCGGCGCUGCGCCGGGCCCAGGACGAGUUCUACCAAAACAGGACCGGGCAGUACACGGCGCCGUCGGGCAUCACAAACGCCUUCCAGAAGAUGUCCGAGGACGAGCUGCGGGCCAUCGGUGCCGAGGAGAUCAUCACAUCCGGGCUGGCGAACCAGUCCCACAUCGAGUAUCUGUUCGAAUCCGUCUGGUACCCGGGAGGACCGACACCGUACUACACCCCGUUGCCCAACGAGUCGUACAUCUCGGUGACGGCCUCGAGCAUGGUUGCGCUGUCCCGUGGCAACGUGACGCUGCGGUCGAAUUCCAUGGCCGAGUUUCCGCUGGUCAACCCGAACUACUACGCACACCCCGUCGACCGCAUCAUCGCCAUCGAGUCCUUCCGCUACCUGCGCAAGAUCCUCGCGCACCCUGCGCUGUCCCGCUUCACCAUGGGCCCCAACCACGGCGAGCUGAGCCCCGGGGCGGAAAACGUCUCGGACGACGACGACGACGCAAUCUGGGAGUACGUCAAGUCCAACACCAUCCCGAACUGGCACGCCUCGGGCACGGUGCAGAUGCUGCCGGAGGAGGACGGCGGCGUCGUAGACCCGCGGCUGAAGGUUUAUGGUGUCGACGGGUUGAGGGUCGUGGACUGCAGCAUCAUUCCCGUGUUGCCCGAUGUCAACAUCCUAGGGCCGGUCUACAUGAUUGCGGAGAAGGGGGCCGAGAUGAUUCGUGAGGAUUGGGAUGAUAUAUAA